ACGUUCUCCCCUAAUAAGCUACUUGCUGUAACUAAUUUGCGUUUGUGUUUUGGGUAUCAUGAGAGCGUGCUCUUUACUACAUAAAGUCUCUUGACUGUUGUCAAAUACGCUGCAGCAUACCGUCUGGGAAGAAUGAGUGGCAGUAAUGUAGACCGAACUACCCGACGUCAGAUGACCGAGAGCGUCUGCCGGGGUGGGGAGCCGCUCGCUGUGUGCCGUGGCUAGGGGAGGCUCUCCCCGCAGCACUAGCCAAUCAGGGGCGCUGUUGCUCGGAGGUUGCAGUGUUUUUGUUUUGGGUUCGAAGUUGGGAGCUGGAGGGCCCGGAGCUAGCCGAGCCCCGUUUUUGCUUGGCUCGGUGUGUUGUCCGUCCUUCGAUUCUUUCUGAGUGUGUAAUAGUCCACUGUUGUUGUUGUUGUGCGAGGUCUCGCUUCCGGCUUCCUCAUGAGGAAGGACAUGAAUGGAGUCACCAAGAGCAGGUUUGAGAUGUUCUCAAACAAUGAUGAAGCUCUUAUCAAUAAAAAACUUCCAAAAGAGCUGUUACUUCGAAUAUUCUCUUUUUUGGACGUUGUUACUCUCUGCCGCUGUGCCCAGGUUUCAAAGGCCUGGAAUGUUCUGGCUCUGGAUGGCAGUAACUGGCAACGAAUUGACCUGUUUGAUUUCCAGAAAGACAUUGAGGGUCGGGUAGUGGAAAACAUCUCCAAGAGAUGUGGUGGCUUUUUACGAACGUUAAGCUUGCGUGGGUGUCUUGGGGUUGGAGACAAUGCACUAAGGACUUUUGCACAAAAUUGCAGAAAUAUAGAGCAGUUGAGUCUCAAUGGCUGCACCAAAAUAACUGAUGCAACGUGUACAAGUCUAAGCAAGUUCUGUUCGAAGUUGCGACAUCUUGACUUGUCGUCUUGCACUUCUAUUACAAAUCAGUCCUUGAAAGCACUAAGUGAGGGCUGUGUGCUGCUAGAUCAGCUGAACAUUUCCUGGUGUGAUCAGGUGACCAAAGAUGGCAUCCAGGCCUUAGUGAGGGGCUGUGGUGGAAUGAAGGCUCUGUUCCUGAAAGGAUGUAUACAGCUGGAUGAUGAUGCACUGCGGUACAUUGGUGCUCACUCACCAGAACUGAUGACAAUCAAUCUGCAAACCUGCACACAAAUCACAGAUGAGGGCUUGAUCACGAUAUGCAGGGGCUGUCAUAAACUGCAGUCCUUGUGCAUCUCAGGUUGUUCGAAUAUUACUGAUGCCAUCUUGAAUGCAUUAGGACAGAACUGCCAGAAACUUAGAAUAUUAGAAGUCGCUAGAUGUUCACAGUUAACAGACAAUGGGUUCAUCACCUUGGCUCGGAAUUGUCACGAGUUGGAGAAGAUGGACUUGGAGGAAUGUGUUCAGAUUACAGAUGGCACUUUAAUUCAGUUGUCAAUCCACUGUCCACGGCUGCAGAUCCUGAGUUUAUCACACUGCGAGUUGAUUACAGAUGAUGGAAUCCGACACCUUGGAAAUGGAGCCUGUGCCCAUGACCGGCUGAAGGUUAUUGAGCUAGACAAUUGUCCCCUCAUCACAGAUGCAUCAUUGGAACAUCUAAAGAGCUGCCAUAGCCUUGAGCGGAUAGAACUGUACGACUGUCAGCAGAUCACUCGUGCUGGAAUUAAAAGACUCAGAACUCACUUACCGAAUAUUAAAGUCCAUGCUUACUUUGCUCCGGUGACACCACCUCCGUCUGUUGGGGGCAGCAGACAGCGCUUCUGUAGAUGUUGUAUCAUCCUAUGACACUGGACUUAAGAACAGUCAUAAGAGAAAUAUUUAAUGUACUGGUAUACUUGCAAUGGACACAGGUAUCCAUAAUGAUACAGAGCACCUGGAGCAUUGGCAGAGAUCCUGUGAUGGGGUGGGGGGUGACCUAAACCCAUUCGACUCUGCCUUGAUGAAGCAACUGUGCUUAAGUGUCCAGCAUACAGGUGGAAUUCAUGUUGCCUCGUGUACCUGCGGAUUGAUAUCGUACUGAAUUACACUCACUGGGCAUGUUCAGAGAACUCUUCCUGACGUUAGUACAACUAACAUGGCUGCUUUUUUUUUAGUAAUGUCUGAGCACUGAUUGAAACUGCAAAGAUUUCAACAAGGUCUGUGAAGUAUGCCAUUCGUCUUGUUUUAUGUUGUGACUGUUUGCUUUGAUGACUUUAACCAGUUUAGCCAAAGGCUUUGAGGGCCCUUUCAAUACCAGCAGCCCAGGGUACUGUUGCACUCUGUAUCAGUGCUUCCAUUGUCAUUUCUAUGCUGAUACUGAGCAUGUCUGUUAUUAUAGUGAGUGUGUUCCUCAUUGUUAUGCUGAUACUGAUCAUGCUCAUUGUGCUGGCUCAUUGGAACACUGUCUUUGUGUAGGACACAGCUCUUUGGCUCCCCAGAAUAUAUUGUGAUUAUUUACUUUUAACUCCCUCAAUUAAGGUUUGCAUUUUUUUAAUGUGUUUUGGUUAUUGUGGAAUUCUUCAUAUUUAUAAAGUAAUGCCAACAUUUAUUUGCCUUGUGGCUUUUUCCACCAAUUGUCAUUUUAAAGAAAAACAUCCCAUUUUUACUAACAGAUCAGUUUAAAGACACCUUAGUGUUCCUGUCAUGCUGUUGUCCAGGAAUGUACCAACUUGCAUUUCAGUUUAACAUUCCGGAUUAGUAGCAAUAGUUUUAUUAUUGACACUGAAGCACUUUGUCAAUUUUAAUUCAUCUUUAUCUAAGCAGCCAUUCUGUGGAGAAUUUAAAUAAUGGGUUAUGCAGGUAUCUGACAGAAUUAUUGAACAUGAAGGGAAAAUGAUGCAAAGCUGCAAGGAGUGUCCUUUUGAUCCCUGGAUUAAAGCACAGAACUGUGAACUGAAGGGAGAUCUCUUUUCCCCUCCCCCACCAUAGCUGCUGGUCUACUUCUUCACCUUGGACAGAUUCCUUUGUCCUCCUAGCUGUGCAAUCAUGCAGAAGGGAUCAAUAAGAUUGCUUGUGAAAUAUUUUCAUCUGACUUUGGAAAAGUAAAAUAAAAUUAGCACAUGAAGAAGAGGAAGAAAAAAACAUAAAUAUAAUAGUAGUAAAACAGUGCAGUGUAAAUGAAACUGUUUAGAAAUGUGUUGGCAUGGGGUUUGAAUGUGUGACGUAUCUUCUCUCAUCAUUCCCUCCCUUCACACACAGAUUUCCUGCAUUUCUGGAGAUUUGGCUUCUUGAGCUUGUCAGAUUUGUAGUAACACUCAGAAAUGGGACAGACUAUCAGGUUCCUGGACAUGCAGUGCCUCUGAAAGUAAAGAGAAGCCACAGCACAUCAGAUGUAUUCAAAUAAAUUAUAUGUAAUUUGAAA